AUGAAACUUAGGCUGAAGUUCCUAAAUAAGUUUCAUGUUUUCGAGACUCCAACAGCUAGUCCCACUCUUAAUGAGAUUUUUGAAUCUGCUUCGAAAAUUUUCGGUUUGAAAAGAGAAAAUGUUCAAAUAAGUCUUAAUGCAAAAGAUUAUUAUAAUAUAAAUUAUUCAAAUCAAUCUCUAUCAGAACUUGGUAUUGUUAAUGGUGAUAUAAUCUAUAUUAAUUCAUUGGAAAAAUUAGAUGAUAUAAAACAAUCCUUAGAAAUUGAAUUAGCUACACCUAUUCUGAAAUUCAUCAAUGAUAAUCUACCUAAUGAUCAACAUUAUACAUCUAUUCUAUUAAUGGCUAUUCCUUUGUAUAUAUUCGCUAUUGAGAAAGGUUUAUAUACUUUAGAUCAUCUAAGUCAAUACUAUCAGGAGAUGUCAUCAAUUAUACGUUUAACAUUUAAUUAUCCUCAAGUUGAUUCUAUUAAACUGAUUUUUACAUUAUUUCAAAAUGGAAAUAUGACUUGUAUUGCUGCAAGUGUUCAAGAUCUUCCUAUUCGAAAACAAUUAAUUUUACAAACAAAACUUUAUCUUAUCAAGCAGGAUGCCAUACACCAAUCUACUACGAAUAAAUUAAAUCUUCUAUACAGACAUUUACGAUUGUUAUCUAUACGAAUUAAAGAUGAAUUAAUUGAACCUAUACUAUUGGCUAUUCAUUCAGAAUAUAAUUUAUCUCCAAGACUUCAUUUAUGUACUCUUCCAAGUGAAUUAUUUUGUGAAAUAUUGUGUUAUUUACCAUUAACAUCACUUGGUUUCUUAAUGUUAUGUAAUCGUGAAUUAUCUUAUCGUAUACGUAAUUGUAAUACAGUUUGGCGUAUUCAUUUAGCUAAGUUGAAUGCUAAAAACAGACCGAUUUCAGAUGGUGUACUUAGUCGACAACAAUCAUCAUCAUCAUUAUUACAACAAAAUAUUGGUGACGAUGUUGAUAAUGAGAUGGACCAAACUGAACAAGGUGAAGCUUAUAAACAAUUUUUAGCUCGUUAUAAAAGGUUGUUCAUUCAAAAAAGAUAUGAUAGGGGCCUUUUCUUCUGUUGA